AUGAAUUGCCAAGGUGCUGCAUCGUCUUCGUUUAGGCGCACCCUUAAAUUUCUGCUACGUAUUCAUAAGCCGUUUGCCUCUUUGAACCUAAGGUGUCAAGGAGCCAAGCCAAUGAUAUUUGUUCUUCUUUUGGUUUUUUCUGAUUGGUGUAAAGUAGAGGCAGUGGGCUAUUCGGGGGGCAUUUGGUUGUUAUGGCAGGAUUCAAUUGAUAUUGAGAUUUUGUAUACUCACCCGCAGUUUGUCUCGUUUCAGGUAGCCGAGAAUGGUUCUUCCCCGAGGCUCAUGUCCGCGGUCUAUGGUAGUCCAAAUUUGUCUCUCAGAAAGCGUCUCUUCUCCGACUUGUCUGGUCACCAUUUUUAUCCACAGGGCUCUUGGCUAUCAUUUGGAGAUUUUAAUUCAGUCACGAGUAGUAACGAAGUCAGUAACACGGAAGCUUUCACUGCGUCACGUUGUUCAGACUUCAAUGAAUGGAUCUUUAGAGAAGGAUUAGUAGAUUUGGGUUUCACAGGCCCUUCUUUUACCUGGACAAGGGGUAUUGAUACACCUACCUUUAAAGGUGCUCGACUUGAUCGCGCUUUGUGUAAUGUGGAAUGGAGUCUUCGGUUCCCAAAUACAACUGUUAAUCAUCUGCCUAGGAUUCGUUCGAACCACUCACCGCUCCUUAUCUCUACUGCCAGUUCUUCUCUACGGAAGAGCUCUUACAGCUUCAAAUUUAAUAUAGCAUGGGCGGCGCACCCCUCAUUCCAUGAGUGUGUUCGGACAGCUUGCAUAUCAGAAUUGUUCUUUAAUAUCACAUUUAAGACAUUCAAUAACAUUGAGAAUGCAAAAUAA